GUGUAGGUAUUUAAUUGUGACUAUGGUGAAACACGCAUUAGGGUUGAAAUCUGGAAAUGCAGAACAUGCAACUUUUUAGGUAAAAUUUUAUUCCAUUAGUCAUGCAAAACUAUUCUCAUUAAUUUUCUCAGCAAUAUUUACCUUAUUAUGUUAGUUUUUCCACAUUUACUGUUUUGUUACCAAGAUUCUAGUGUGAAGGAAAAUCACAGAAUUUUAUGUUCUUUUAGUCUUUUCUAUGUCUUACAUGAUAUGAAGGGUGCCUUCCAAAAGCAUCUCCUUUCCUUCCAAUGAAAAUGUUAAAUAACGCUACAUGUAAAUAUUGUUUAGGUGAGUUGGGUCUUGGAUAUAACUGGCAUAAACAUGUAUCGUGAAGAGGAGGGUGCUAAACAAAGCCAUGGUACAGAGCAUAGGCAUUCCUGGGCUUUAUUGCUUUAAUUCUUCCACACAAGAUCUUGAUCUCCACCACCUCAUGAUUGCUGCAUCCCAAGCUGCCCCCAGCCUUCACAUGCCCUUACCAGCCCUUCCUCGUUAGUAAAAACAAGGUCAAGUAGCACACCCAUCUGCAUCAGCUUCUCUACCACCUGCGUCAGAAUGUUAUCAUGAACAUAUUGCAGGAACCACCUGAACUUUGUGUGCCUGUCUGCAUUACUUUGCCAACAAAUAUCAGGGUGGUUGAAAUCCCCUAUAAGAACAAGUGCUGGGAAUUGCAAGGCUACUUUGAGAUGUCUAUAAAAGGUCUCAUUCCACUUCCUCCAUAGGGAAGCAGAGGGUGUAGGUAUUUCAAGAGGGAUGCAGGAAGAUUUUAAACCAGGCUCAUGGCAACAUUAUCUUCUCUGAGGAGUCCUCACAAGAUCCUACUGUACAACUGGGAAGUUUUUCUCAGUUUACUAAAAAGACAGCAUUUCCAGGCCCGUCUUUGUCACAAGGAACUCCAUCCCCUCCCUCCAUCAAAUCUAGUUGAACAUUCUGGUAAGCAAUCCAGCCAGCUUCUUCCCCAGAACAUUUUGGCCCCAACUGCUCAGUUGUGUUCCGUCUCAUGCCCACACACCUGAUCUUUCAAAGGAGUACCCAAGUUGAUGGUAUACAAAACCUCGAUCCUGACACCCUUCCAGUAAUCAGUCAGUAAUUAACCUCCUCAAUUCUCCUCCUUCCUUGUGGGACACAGCCGCCACUCAGGAGGGCAGAAGAGAACACUCCUGGCACUUCCAAUCCCUUUAGCAUCUUUCCAAGUAAUGCUAAGUUCCUUUCUGAUGUUCUGCCAUUUCCUUGUGGCAGCCUCCCAUGACCCUACUUGAAUGACAACAAGCGUAUGGUGGUCUUCUUGUUUGAUCAGAUACAGUGGAGUCUCCUUAACAUCUCUGACAUGUGCCCCUGGAAGAUAGCAAAGCUCUCUGGAGAGGUUGUAUGGGCAGCAGAUGGGGGUCUCAGUGCCUCCCAGCAUGGAGUCCCCAGUUACUAAGACAAUGCUUGGGCAACAGCACCCGGCAGCUGCUCCCUGGCAGGGGCUCUCCCUCACCCGCUGAGGUGAUUCCCUGCUUCAGCAUGGAACAUGUUCACCCCAGAGCCAAGUGCAUCACAAAAACAGGCUGUGUUCUGGGGCCUUUAAGGUUCCCCUGCAUGCUGUCUGGUCCCCAGCCCAGAGCACGUCAUUCUCUGUGAGAUGACACUCUGCAGUGUGAUGUCACAGUGGCUACCUCAUACACCCUUGUGGCAGCGGUGGGAGCGGUGGCUCAGUCCGCUUGUGGGACCUGCAGGAAGAGGAACCAGAGAGAGCGUUGUGUCUGUCUGGAGAUAUCCUGCUGUGAUGGAGCGGCUAAGAGCCCUUCGAGGUCUCUUCGCCUGUGUGGGCUGCAUGCCCAGAUGUACACGUCGCAGGGAGAGAAUCAGGGUGGAAAGCCCUGUCCCUGUCUGUGCUGUGACUUUGCUGCUGCAGCACCUGCAAGACCAGGAGGGUGACCGAGCGCAGGCAUACUGUGAGCUGGAGCACGUCCUGUGGGAAGGUGACAGCCGCCCGCCGUGCGGAGUGGUGAACCGGCUUCUGGCAGAAGUGUCCCAGGACCUGACAGCAGCCCAGGGCAUGACAGACAACGUGAAGACAGCUGCCAGCAAUGUCCUGGUGGCUCUGGCUCGGACACACUUCACCUUGGUGAUGGCUGAGCUCCAGGGCCACCUGAAGGCCACGGGGGAUGCAUCCAAGGAGACUGUGCUCAUCACCCUGAGCAAACUCUUCAGCACCUAUGCUCCACAGUGCAUCUCCUUCACUUGGCUGAUGCUGGCCGGCCUGCGCAGUGUGGUGGGCCAGGUGAGGAGCGGCCGGACCCUGCGCAUCGCUUGUGCUGUUGUGAAACAAUGGUCAGAUGCAGUUAGAAUUCACUUCUCCUCUGGAAGGCAAUGCCCCUGGCCUGCCAUGGAGAAAGAACAAAUAUAUGAGAAUCUUCACCAGCUUUUCUUCUCUGUGGUGAGGAACUGGCAGGACUGCCAGGAGGAAAAGGACAAAAAGGCUGUCCUCAGGGCUCUGGCUGCCAUGAUGGCUGCCCUCCUGCAAGAGGAGCUGCACCAAGAGCAGGUCUGGGAGCAGCUCCUCUGGCUCGUGCACCCAUGUCAGGAGGUCCAAGACACCUGCAGGAUGGCCAAGAGCCUCGCUAUCUUCCUGGAGGCCUUAGAGGAUGUUGAGUUUGUCAUCCCCAAGGACGCAUUUCUGGACAUCACCAGUGCCGUGUUCUACCAGCUCUAUGAUGACACCAAGCAGCACAGCGAGGCUGACAGCGCAGAGCUGACCCACUGCAUCAUGCUGCAGGCCCGAAUCUGCCCAGAGGAAACAGUCCUGUUUCUGCUGUCGCAGCUGGGUGAUGAGUGGGAGGCUGGAUGCGUGGCAGCCCUGGGUCUGCUUGGUGCUCUGGCUCGCUCUGAUGAGCCUGUGAUGACAGAAAAGCUGCCCCAGGUUGUGGAGGCUGUGCAGCGUUUGUGCAGCGACCCCAGGCCCCAGGUGAGGCGGGCUGUUCUACAUUUUAUCAAGGACCUACUCAGCACUAAUGCCUGGAGCUGCACAGCCUGGGAUGUAGUGGGGCACAUCUUUAGUGAGUUCAGCCGCACCACAGAAAGAAGGGCAGCCGGAGACCUUUCUGCCCAGGAAGCCCAGGAAGAAGGAGCUCUACAGGAGCUGUGUAUGGACAUCCUGGGGUCACUGGACGUUUCUGUCAGAGGGAUGUCCAAACUCCUGUGGCCGCGGCUGCUGCUGUUUGUGGUGCCAGCCGAGUACACGGGUAUGCUGAUCCCGGUCUCCCGCUGUGUCCAAGCCCUGUCUGAGAGAGAGGACCUGACAGGACGGCGGAUAGAAGAUCUGGAUCCUCAUUUUGUCAGCUCCAUGUUUCAAGGCCCACUGCUGACUCCCCAGACACUGCUGGCACGUCUGUUGGUGGUGGCAGGGAGCCCUGCUGCAAGCAGCGAACUCCAAGCCGCUGCCUUACUGCUGAUGAAAAACCUCCACAGCAGGUUCCACAGAGCUGUGGGGGCCAUGUGGGCUGUUGAGAUCCCCCUGUUGCAGCAGUGCUUCCAAGGGAAAGAGGAGAGCUUCCUGGACUCUGCAGAGUGGGAGAGCCGUCUGCUAAAGUUCCUGAGGGCAUCGCUGGAGACGAUAGCGGAUGAGGCCUGGACUGAGACUCUGAGCUGUGAGCUGAGCCGCUGGCUGAGCAGCUCUGCCAGCAGCUCUGGAGAAAGGUCUUUUCUGUACAAAGCUCUGGGGACAGUGCUGGGAGCCUGUAAGGGUAUCCUCCACAUCCUGCAGCACCUGGAGGAAGCAAAUGCAGAGGAGCCAUCUGAGGCCCAGGGAAUGAUCUGUCUUCUCAGCCAUGCUGCUGAGAGCAACUUCCACGCAGUCCUGGACACACUCACCAUGUUUGCGUCCAGGCUGUGCAAAGGCUGCAGUGGGAAGAUUUCCAGGCGCAAAAAGACGGAGCUGGACAGCAGGAGAGCUCAUGCAACACGCAGCGCUCUCAUGCUCGCCCAUGGCAGCUUGGCACUGCGUGCCUCCAAGGAACAGCUGCUCGCCCACCUGGAGGGAGACAUCGUGGGCAACAUCCUGAUGCUGUACAGCUGCAGCUGCCGGGACUUGCAGAAUAACCUCGCACUGGUGCAGAGCAUCACCGACUUCAGCUCUGCCUUCCAGGCUGUGGGUGACUCUGCCUGCUUUAACAUCUCCUUGAAGGGCAAGCUUCUGGAGAUCCUGAUGGACUUGCAGAAGAAAUAUUACUUGGGCAUCCCUGUCUCCCCAGUGCCCCUCAAGGUGGUUCUGGCUCUGGAGCAGUUGAGCAAGCUGAAGCCCUUUUUAGGAACCAAGGACAUGAUUGAAAUAUUGACUUUGUGCUGCAAGAACAUUGUGACACACCCUUCAGCAGACAUGAUGCUGAAGAUCAGGAAGUCACAGAAAGCAGCGCAGUACCUGCAGCUUCAGCAAAGAUCACUGAAAGCUCUGGGCAGGCUCAUGGUGGUCCUGCUCGAGACUGAGCCCACCGGCAGCUUUUUUCAGAACAUAGUCCAUGUCGUGCAGAGAUCAAUGACAUCAGAAAACAUGUGGGAGCGCAAGAGGGCCCUGCAGAUCUGCUCCCAGCUGCUGGGUGUUUGUGAAGAGCUUCGAAGAGGAGAUGUCUGUGAGCACUUUGGCUCCUUGGUGGGAUUGCUGGCACCACUGACAUGUGAUCCCAUGCCCACAUCCCGUCAGUUGGCCAUCACCUGUCUGAGCUCCCUUCUCCAAAUCCAAGCCAAGAUGACCAACAGAGUCAUUGAGACGGGAGACAUUAGGAGCCUGCUUGAGGGGCUGCAUUCCUGCAGCAACAUCUCUCAGCUCCAGACCUCAUCCAAAAUUGCAAGGAUUGUGUUCAGAAACUUCCCCCUGGAACGCACCGUAGACCUCAUGAUGGCCAUCAAGGAGAGCUUCCGGAAAGCCAAAGGAAUGCGUGUGCGUGCUGCUGGGAAGUGGAUGACCACCUUUCUGCAGAUGUACAGGAGGGACAUCUGUCAGGAUGUGCCACUGAUCCUCUACAUCCUGCGCAGCUGCACAUCAUCCAUGCAGCAGAGCAUUUUCAUGCCCUUCCUGUGCCAGGCGGUGGUCAUCUUGAUACGCUGUCAUGAAGAGGUCAUGAUUGACAACUUCUCCCGGCUGCUUGGGCCCACAGACAGCGAGACAUGGAGAAGAAUAAGAGAGUUUUGUCUUCGACGGUGGAGCCAGUAGAAGAAUGAA